GGCGGGGACACGGAGCAGGAAGAUGGCGGCUGCGCAGGAGGCGGACGGGAACCCGAGCGAAGUGGCGGCGGCGGCGACUGUGACCGGAGGCGGCUCCGGGCAGGUGACCAGCAAUGGCAGUGUUGGAGGGGACCCAGCCACAGAAACCCAGCAACAGAACAGAGCCCCACAGGCCGCUCCAAAUGCCUGGCAGGUCAUCAAAGGCGUGUUGUUCAGAAUCUUCAUUAUCUGGGCCAUUAGCUGUUGGUUUCGUCGUGGGCCAGCACCACAGGACCCAAACAGCCCUGGAGGAGCUCCACGAGUCCCUAGCCGAAACCUCUUCCCAAAAGACACUUUAAUGAACCUGCACGUGUACAUCUCCGAACAUGAGCACUUUACAGACUUCAAUACCACCUCAGCACUCUUUUGGGAGCAGCAAGACCUCGUCUAUGGGGACUGGACCAGUGGGGAGAACUCGGACGGCUGCUAUGAGCACUAUGCCGAGCUGGACAUUCCACCGAGUGUGCAGCAAAAUGGCUCCAUGUACAUCCAUGUGUACUUCACCAAGAGUGGCUUCCACCCAGACCCCAAACACAAGGCUUUGUACAGGCGGCUGGCCACUGUGCAUACGUCACGAAUGAUCAACAAAUAUAAACGGAGACGCUUUCAGAAAACCAAGAACCUGCUGACAGGGGAGACAGAAGCAGACCCAGAAAUGAUUAAGCGAGCAGAAGACUUUGGCCCGGUGGAGGUCAUCUCCCACUGGCACCCCAACCUCACCAUCAACAUUGUAGAUGACCACACGCCCUGGGUGAAGGGCAGUGUGCCUCCGCCAUUGGACCAAUACGUACAGUUUGAUGCUGUCAGCGGCGAUUACUACCCCAUCAUCUACUUCAAUGACUAUUGGAACCUGCAGAGAGACUAUUACCCCAUCAAUGAGACGCUGGCCAGCCUGCCCCUGCGCCUCUCCUUCUGCCCCCUGUCCCUGUGGCGUUGGCAGCUCUACGCAGCCCAAAGCACCCGGUCCCCCUGGAACUUCCUGGGUGAGGACCUGUACGAGCAGUCGGACGAAGAGCAGGACUCGGUUAAGGUGGCGCUGCUGGAGACGAAUCCCUACCUCUUGGCCCUCACCAUCAUUGUCUCCAUCGUCCACAGUGUCUUCGAGUUUCUGGCCUUCAAGAAUGACAUUCAGUUCUGGAACAGCCGGCAGUCUCUGGAGGGCCUCUCUGUCCGUUCGGUCUUCUUUGGUGUGUUCCAGUCCCUCGUGGUCCUUCUCUAUAUCCUCGACAAUGAGACCAAUUUUGUGGUCCAGGUCAGCGUCUUCAUUGGCGUCCUUAUUGACCUGUGGAAGAUAACCAAAGUCAUGGAUGUCCGGCUGGACCGAGAGAACAAGGUGGCUGGCGUGUUCCCUCGCCUGACCUUCAAGGAUAAGUCCACCUACAUUGAGUCUUCCACCAAGGUCUACGAUGAUAUGGCGUUCAGGUACCUGUCCUGGAUCCUCUUCCCUCUCUUGGGCUGCUACGCCGUGUACAGCCUCUUGUACAUGGAGCACAAGGGCUGGUACUCCUGGGUCCUCAGCAUGCUGUAUGGCUUCCUCCUGACCUUCGGCUUCAUCACCAUGACGCCCCAGCUCUUUAUCAAUUACAAGCUCAAGUCGGUGGCCCACCUGCCCUGGCGGAUGCUGACUUACAAAGCCCUGAACACCUUCAUCGAUGACUUGUUCGCCUUCGUCAUCAAGAUGCCGGUGAUGUACCGUAUCGGCUGUCUUCGGGACGAUGUGGUUUUCUUCAUCUACCUUUAUCAGCGCUGGAUAUACAGAGUGGAUCCCACAAGGGUGAACGAGUUUGGAAUGAGUGGGGAGGCGCAGACAGCCUUGGCGGCCCUGACACCGCCCCCCGCCCCCAGCGGGGAUGGCCCCCUCCCUGGACAAGACCAGGGGCCCACCCCCAAACAGGCCGAGGACAAGAAAAAGGAUUAAUCUCUUCCCCCUGGUUUCCCUGGCCACGGCACUCUUCCCACCCCCACCCCAGCUCACUGUGACCCCGAGGCAGGGAGCACCUCCCCAUCCCCCCUGCCCUGGACAGACGGGAGGGAGGGGCUCAGGGGACCGCUCCCCUGUUGUGAUGUGGGGGGAGAAGGAAGAGGAGGGGCGGGAAGGGUGCUGUUGGGAGUGUGGGGAGCAGGGGGCGGCCCCUGCCUGUCUGUCCCUAUGUCAGUUCCAGCGCCAUCUGUAAUCAUUGUGAAGCCAUCGCAUCAUGGCGGGGAGGUAGGGUGGGGGGCCAGGCCCCCGAGAGCUCUCCCUCCAGAACCCCAGAUCCAUCUCUCAUCCCUUCCUGUGCCCCUCCUGCCCCCAACACAGACUCUGGAUUUAAUAAAUUCAUAUGGGUGUUUAACUUA